GUUUGCGCGGAGCGCUGGCGAUCCACCUUUCGGCUGCGGCGGAGAACGAUCGCAGCCCUGUGAUGCUCUGUAGCGGGGACGCGGGCAGCUGGAUAGCCUCAGCCCGCAUCGUUCACCACGCCGGAUUCAAGAUAGCACUUUGACAUCCCUUUGCCAUCAGUUUUUAUUCUGGAUUAAUCUUUCCUUGCUUUGGAUUCUGUAGCAGCAACUCAGCGAUGGCAAUUUGGCAAUCUUGGAGCGGACACGCAUAUCUCGGAGUUCAGAGUACGCCGAAGCCAACAUGAGUGACUCUUUGCUAACCCAGAACAUGCAGAGAGAUGUCUCAAUGCAAGCCUGUCGGAUCUGCCUGUGGAACGUCAACAGAGAAAACUGAGGAUUGAGGUCUGCUUCUGACUGGCGGACUUUCGACCCCGUUCUCUCCUCACUGAUUUCUUGUUGGAAAAUAAAGCCCCUUGGCCGUUUCCCUGUGACCGGAUCUUUUUUUGGAUUUCAAUGGCCUCAGUUUGGUCGCCUGUUGUUGCUACACCCCUCCGGUCCUGUCAAGAGGGUUCUGUAUUGUGAGCAGCAUAUACUGUGUGGACGCUGUGGGAUAUAUUUUGGAUAUAACACCCUUUGAGCCAAAGCGAAGUCAAUGGUGUCGUGCUGUUAAGGACUCCUGCACUCCCCUCCCCCACCCUGGCCACGUGCUUUACAAUGAAUCCCAUUGGUUUCUUGUUCCAGGUGCAGUUCAUGAUCAGUACUUUGCUGGGUCUUUACGUGGGCCUGGAGUUCCCGGGAGCCCCGGGGCAGUGGGCCCGCUAUGUGCGCUGGGAUGCCAGCACCAGGAGUGACCUCAGCUUCCAGUUCAAGACAGACGUAUCCAACGCUAUGCUCCUCUACUUUGAUGACGGAGGCUUUUGCGACUUCCUGCAGCUGAUGGUGGCAGAGGGGAAGCUGCAGCUGCGGUUCAGCAUCGACUGUGCGGAGACCACCGUCACGACGGACCGCAGGGUCAACGACAGCAACUGGCACUUCGCCACGAUCAGCAGACACAACCUGAGGACCUCGCUGCGGCUAGACAGCGAGAUCAAGGCGGACGAGGUCAAGCCUCAGCGGCAGUUCAUGAAGAUCGUCAGCGACCUCUUCCUGGGGGGCGUGCCGCUGGACAUCCGGACGGCCGUACUCACGCAGCCCCAGAUCAAGGAACAGCCGCCGUUUCGUGGGAUUAUCACGGAUCUGAAGUACGGCAACGUGAUGCCCAAACUCAUCAACAGUCAUAGGGUGCGUUUGGACAUGGAGGGCCUUUGCGCGGAGAGCCCUUGCGCCAAUGGAGGGAUCUGCUCCGUGGUGGAGGGGGAGAUGGUCUGUGAUUGCACCAGCACAGGAUACAUAGGCCGCUUCUGCGACAAAGAUGAGAAGAGCACUCCAGGUUUUCUACACUUGAUGAUGGCCGAUCAAGUGAGAGAAGAGAAUGUAGCCACCUUCAGAGGCUCGGAGUAUUUCUGCUACGACCUGUCGCAGAACCCCAUCCAGAGCAGCAGCGACGAGAUCACGCUCUCCUUCAAGACGUGGCAGCGCAACGGGCUAAUCCUGCACACGGGCAAGUCGGCCGACUACGUCAACCUGGCCCUGAAGGCUGGUGCCGUGUCCCUCGUCAUCAACCUGGGCUCUGGGGCCUUCGAGACGCUCGUGGAGCCCAUCGUCGGCAAGUUCAACGACAACACGUGGCACGACGUGAAGGUCACGCGUAACCUGCGGCAGCAAUCAGGCAUUGGACACGCUAUGGUGACAAUCUCUGUGGAUGGCAUUAUCACCACGACGGGCUAUACGCAGGAGGACUACACCAUGCUGGGCUCCGAUGACUUCUUCUACGUUGGGGGGAGCCCAAGUACGGCAGACCUACCAGGCUCUCCAGUCAGCAAUAACUUCAUGGGAUGCCUGAAAGAUGUGGUUUAUAAAAACAACGACAUCCGGUUGGAGCUUUCACGGCUAGCCAGGAUCGCUGACCCCAAGAUGAAGAUCCAGGGCGAUGUGGUCUUCAAGUGUGAGAGCGUGGCCACGCUGGAUCCCAUCUCCUUUGAGACCCCCGAGGCGUACAUCAGUCUCCCCAAAUGGAACACCAAACGCAUGGGAUCCAUUUCCUUUGACUUCCGCACCACAGAGCCCAAUGGGCUGAUCCUCUUCACACAUGGGAGGCCCCAGGACAGGAAGGAGGCCCGCAGCCAGAAGAACACCAAGGUGGACUUCUUCGCUGUGGAGCUCCUGGAUGCCAACCUCUACCUGCUACUGGAUAUGGGCUCUGGCACCAUAAAGGUUAAGGCUACAGAUAAAAAGGUGAACAAUGGAACCUGGCACCAUGUGGACAUACAGCGGGAUGGAAGAUCAGGUACCAUUUCUGUGAACAAUCGGCGCACCCCCUUCACAGCCAGCGGGGAGAGUGAGAUUCUUGACCUGGAGGGGGACAUGUACCUCGGGGGGUUGCCUGAGAACCGGGCUGGCCUGGUGCUGCCCACCGAGCUGUGGACGGCCAUGCUCAACUACGGCUACGUGGGCUGCAUUCGGGACCUGUUCAUCGACGGCCGCAGCAAAGACAUCCGGCGCAUCGCCGAGGCCCAGAACGCCGCCGGCAUCAAGCCGUCCUGCGGCAAGAUCAGUGGGAGGCAGUGCGACAGCCACCCCUGCAAGAACAACGGCGUGUGCCGGGAGGGUUGGAACCGCUUCGUCUGCGACUGCACCGGUACCGGCUUCUGGUCGCGGACCUGCGAGAGGGAGGCCUCCAUCCUGAGCUACGACGGCAGUAUGUUCAUGAAGAUCGCCAUGCCGACAGCGAUGCACACAGAGGCCGAGGACGUGUCCUUGCGCUUCAUGUCGCAACGCGCCUACGGCCUGCUCAUGGCUGCUACGUCACGCGACUCUGCCGACACUCUACGACUGGAGCUGGAUGGUGGCCGGGUCAAGCUGACGGUCAACCUAGAUUGUAUCAGGAUAAACUGUAACUCCAGCAAGGGACCCGAGACUCUGUACGCCGGACAAAAACUGAACGAUAACCAGUGGCACACGGUCCGAGUGAUCCGGCGCGGUAAAAACUACAAGCUGAUGGUUGACGACGAUGUGGCUGAAGGUCAGAUGGCGGGUGACCACACGCGCCUGGAGUUCCACAACCUGGAGACGGGCAUCAUGACGGAGCGCCGCUUCGUCACCUCCGUGCCGUCCAGCUUCGUGGGUCACCUGCAGAGCUUCAAGUUCAACGGCAUGCUCUACAUCGACCUGUGCAAAAACGGCGACAUCGACUUCUGCGAGCUCAACGCCCGCUUCGGCCUGCGCUCCAUCGUCGCCGACCCCGUCACCUUCAAGACCAAGAGCAGCUACCUGGGUCUGGCCACUCUGCAGGCUUAUACCUCCAUGCACCUCUUCUUCCAGUUCAAGACCACCUCCCCAGAUGGCUUCAUCUUCUAUAACAGUGGUGAUGGCAAUGACUUUAUCGCUGUGGAGCUGGUGAAGGGGUAUAUCCACUAUGUGUUCGACCUGGGUAACGGCCCCAGCCUGCUGAAGGGGAACAGCGACCGGGCGCUAAACGACAACCAGUGGCACAAUGUGGCCAUCACGCGGGACAGCAGCAACACGCACAUGCUCAAGGUGGACGCCAAGAUGGUCAGCCAGGUCGUGAAUGGUGCCAAAAACCUGGACCUGAAAGGCGACCUCUUUGUGGCCGGGCUGGGCCCCGGCAUGUACGGCAGCCUGCCCAAGCUGGUGGCGUCCCGCACCGGCUUCCAGGGCUGCCUGGCCUCUGUAGAUCUCAAUGGGCGGCUGCCGGACCUGAUCAACGACGCGCUGUUCCGCAGCGGACAGAUCGAGCGUGGGUGCGAAGGUCCCAGCACCACCUGCCAGGAGGACUCCUGCUCCAACAUGGGCCUGUGCAUCCAGCAGUUCGAGGGCUUCACCUGCGACUGCUCCAUGACCUCCUACGCCGGCCAGCAGUGCAACGACCCGGGCACCACCUUCAUCUUCGGUAAAGGCGGCGGGCUCAUCACGUACACGUGGCCCAACAACGAGAGGCCAAGUACUCGCACCGACCGGCUCACCGUGGGAUUCAGCACCACCCUGAAGGACGGCAUCCUGGUGCGAGUGGACAGCGCCCCCGGCCUGGGUGACUACAUCAUGCUGCACAUCGAACAAGGCAAGAUUGGCGUCACCUUCAACAUCGGAACAGUGGACAUCAGCGUGCGGGAAUCGAGUCCGGUGAACGACGGGAAGUAUCACGUGGCCCGUUUCGUGCGGAACGGAGGCAACGCCACCCUGCAGGUGGACAACUGGCCAAUCAACGAGCAUUUCCCCACAGGCGGCAGCGACACUGAGCGCUCUCAAACAGCUAGUAAGAAAAUCACAUUCAAAAAAACCCGGCCAGAAGAGUGGCUACAGGAGAAAGGCCGGCAGCUGACCAUCUUCAACACCCAGGCGACCAUCACGAUAGGCGGCACGGACCGCGGACGUCCGUACCAGGGUCAGCUGACAGGCCUGUAUUACAACGGCCUGAAGGUGCUUACCAUGGCGGCAGAGCGCAACGCCAACAUCCGCACCAACGGCAGCGUACGCCUGGUGGGCGAGGUGCCCUCCGUGCUGGGCGCUGCCACCACCACCGCAUUGCCGCCCGAGAUGUCCACCACCUUCAUUGAGACUACCACCACGCUGUCCACCACCACCACCCGCAAGCAACGCAGCUCUCCCACCAUCCAGACAACAGACGACAUCGUGUCAUCGGCAGAAUGUUCCAGCGAUGACGAGGACCUUGAGGAGUGCGAUUCAGGACAUGCAGUUGAUGACCACUGUGGAGGGGAGUUAAUCAUCCCCAUUCAUAUGGAAGAGCCCAUAGACAUCCCUCCCCUAGUUACUCGUGCACCUUCCAUUCCUCCCCCCUCAACCCUUCACCCUGUCCAUACCAUUAUUGAGAGCACCAAAGAUUCCCUGUCCACGGCCCCUGAGGCGAGGUUACCUUGCUUGUCGGACCAAGGCAGCGAUGAUUGUGAUGAUGAUGAUGGUGAUGAUGAUGAUGGCUUGGUGAUAUCAGGGUUUGGCUCUGGGGAAGCAUUCGACUCUAGCCUGCCCCCUACUGAUGAUGAGGAUCUUUACACCACCUUCUCCCUGGUCACAGAUAAGACCUUAUCCACGUCGGCAUUUGAAGGUGGCUACAAAGCUCACGCGCCCAAGUGGGAAACAAAGGACUUUAGACCUAGCAAGGCAUCUGAAUUGGGCAGGACUAGCACCACGUCCCAUUACCCUGCGAUAGGGGGCGCCACCGCUCGCGCCUCCACACCCCGGGCGCCGCCCAAACUGCCCGCGGGGAAAAUGAACAACCGAGAGCUAAAACCACAGCCCGACGUGGUCCUACUCCCACUGCCCACCUCCUUCGAGUCGGACAGCACGAAGCCUAGGGGCCCACUGAACACAUCCCCCAUGUUCCGCGACGUUCCCACCGCCAGCCCCACCGAGCCAAGCGUCCGACGGGUGCCGGGGGCCUCCGAGGUGGUCCGCGAGUCCAGCAGCACCACCGGCAUGGUGGUGGGCAUCGUGUCGGCAGCAGCCCUGUGCAUUCUCAUCCUCCUGUAUGCCAUGUAUAAGUACAGAAACAGAGACGAGGGCUCCUACCAGGUGGACGAGACGAGAAACUACAUCAGCAAUUCGGCGCAGACUAACGGCGCCGUGGUGAAGGACAAGCAGCAAGGCGCCAAAAGCGCCGGCAAGAAACCGAAAGACAAGGACAAGGAGUAUUAUGUGUAAAAUUUGACCACAAAGACAUGCUGUCGAAAGACACUGCGAAACCUUCAGCUCUUGGGAAGUUAAACCUAAAGGCGAGAACGGACUGCAGCAUCAGCGGACACUAUGAAGUGCUGUACCAUAAAGCACACUUACAAACUGUAAGAACUUCAAGAAGGGUUAGAGCAUCACCGGUGGCGACAUUCUUCUGUCCGGUCGGAGGAGUUAUCCGUGUAGAUACUUCACCGCUGCUUCGUGAUCCUAAGUGAAUCUGAAUGGUACGUGAUCCUUGGUGUGAACCUUGUUCAUUGUAACCCUGUGAAAGAGAAUUUUGGCCAUUUUCAGCAUGUGUGUGACAUUUCGCUGGUGUCUUUACAAGAGUGGGGCGGAAAAAAAACAGAUCGUUGCAAAACAAAAAGAAAAACGGUACCUUUUUUGCCAUAAAAAAAUGACAACUUUGCAUCGUUUCUACAUUACAAGGUGUGGUGUCUUAUAAUUUUUCUUGCUCUGUGCAAAAAAAAAAAAAACGCAAUGUAUCAAAGGAUGAAUAAGAGUGAGAGAGAUGUGUGAAAGCUAUGCAAUAGUCUUACAGCACUGUUGCCCAAAUUAAGUUGUCUCUUGUAAACGUUCAGCUGUGGAGAGGAGCUGUCCUUCCUUUCCUCACCUUGGGAAACGAAAGUGUCUCAUUGUAAUGCAUGCUGUCCAGAUGCUAUGGAGUGUUUGACCUCGCUUGAACAGACCUACCAGGCCAAACUGACCAUCAUCAGAGCAACCGCUUCCUUCAACUUUAUUUAUUCAUGCCAGCAACAACAAAAUGUCCUGAAAGGUAGAUGACUUUGAGUAGUAUAUGUUUCCAUAUUUUACAACAUUAUUUUUCUUUCUUAAUUUUUUUUUAUUUACAUAGCUGCUAGGAGAAAUGACACGUUGUCUGAUGGAAGACUGCUAUAGUUCUUCAACACUCUUACCAAUGUUUAAAUGGAAAUAAUUCUAAUGUGGAAGGUGUGAACAUUAUCUGUUGUCACAGUCAGCUGUGUCAAACAACAAAUUUGUUUACAUAUUUUAUUACGUUAUAGCUGUUGUACUUUGUAGGUUGAUAUUGUACAUAACAUUUGUUUUAUUUUCGUUUUUUUUUUAGUAAUUUUACUGUACAGACUGAUUAUUUGGAUAACCAAUGUAUUUCAAGAAGAAAAACAAAAUUGUUCUGUGAGAUAAAUACAGGAGCAACUAAAAUAUAUACGUAUUUUGUAAAGAGAGGGGGAAAAACUACUUUUAGGUUAGCGCUUGAAUCGUCCUGGCUGAUAUUUUAAGUCGCAUGAAUAUUUGACUACUGGAAGUUGUCAACCAAGUAAGAAAAGCCCUUUUCAGCUGUAUUGAGGGCUUCAUUGUUAUCAGUUGAUUUAAUGUUUUUUUUUCUUUUGUUUUGUUUAGUUUUGUUUCGAAAUUGACUACCAAGCCUACAAUAAAGAGAGAUUAUGAUG